CAGCACCUCCAAUCCUAUCGUCAUCGACACAACCACACCUCGUCUACGGCCACCAAUGCAUCCGCCGUCGGUUCGGUCACCAUAUUCCGCUAGCUAACCACAUCAUGAGACAAUGUCGACCGAGCCGACACGCCCACUGCUGUUGCCACAAAAUCGCAAACUACGACAUCUACGCGGCAUUGCACUGAGGAAUCUGACCUUCUGGCGACCCCGAGGACGAACCAUUGAUGACACCGCCCUCAACAAAACACCCGCAAAGCUUGAGUCGUUGCGCAUCAAUACCCAGCUGCACCAUGCCUUGUCGUCUGAAGACCUGCGCCCGCCCACCGCUCGCCGGAGGAGUACAUACCUGGGCAAUGACAGCCCGGCCACCAGACAGAAGAGGUUCGAGGACAUCUUUGACAGCAGACUGGCCGAUGCAUUUUUCUCGCUGCAUAUCGAGGGCGAGGAGGACCCCAUAUACAUUAGCGAGGUCGAAGAACGCGCGACGAACUUUAACUUUCGAUUCUUCGAUAUCUGCGAACUUGACUCGGCCAUCACGCAGUCGCCCCAGGUGACAAUAAAGGUGUGGACAAGACGCAGCUACACGUGGACCUUAUUGCUGGAGGAUGAGGUUGACUUACGCGCCCUCAAUUGGCUGGGCAGCCUCCAAAACGUGCACUUCCCGCGAAACUGCCUCAUCUUCCACAUGGUCGACGGCAUCUACUCGCUCGAGGUGUCUGGCAAGCCCCCUCCGCCAAAGCACGCUGCGCCGGCGCCAACCUCAUCCUACAACGCGCUCAUGAGGCUCGCCACCUUGGAUAACUCGAUCCAGGACGCGCUUGCGACUCGGGAGCGCCUCACACAGCAGAUCAACGACUUUUUACGUCGCGAGGCGAAGAACGAAGUGCCAGAAGCCGAAGACAGGCUCUCUCUAACCCAGAGAUACCUUGCGCAGCAGCGGCGGGCCGUUGCACAAGUUACAAAGCGAAACGAAGACCUGAAAGCCUCCAUCGCCGCGCGCAGAGAAGCCAUCGCUCAAGGCCGCAUCGCCCAGGCCAAAGCCGCCAAAGACGUCGAAAACGCCACAGAACAGCUCACCCAGUCCCGCGCCCUCCUCGCCAAGACGCAAUCCAACAUCCGCGGCCAACGCCGCCGCAUCUGCGAAGACCUCUCCCGCAUCUACAACAUAUCCCCGAUCCCCCACGCACCACCGCUCUCCUUCCAAAUCUGCAACCUCCCCCUGCCCAACACAACCUACGACUCGACUACCUCCUCUGAAUCCCCCGUCCCACUCUCCGAAGACGCUCUAUCCGCCGCCCUGGGCCACGUCGCCCACCUUACCGACUUGCUGCAGUAUUACCUCGCCGUGCCCCUGCCCUACCCCAUCCGCGCGUUUGGCUCCCGCAGCAGCAUACGCGACGAUAUCUCGCAGCUUCCCGACCCGCAGCGCGAGUUCCCCUUGUAUGUACCCCGCAGCGGCUCUAGCGCCCAGUUCCGGUUCGAUUAUGCCUGGUUCUUGUUGAAUAAGGAUAUCGAGGCGCUGUGUGCUAGCCAGGGGUUGAAGGUGGUGGACAUUCGGCAUACGCUGCCGAAUUUGAAAUAUUUGUUGUAUGUGUGCAGUGCGGGGAGUGAGGAGGUGCCGGAGAGGAAGAGGGGUGGUGUUAGGGGGUUGUGGGCGGGCAGGAUGGGUUUGAAGGGGGUGAGUACCGGUGGUGCUGCUGGUGGAGCUGGGAUUGCGGGGAUUGCGGAUGAUGCGAGCUGUUUGGGCGCGAGCAGUCGGAGGGGAAGUGAGGCUAGUGAUGUUCUGGGAAGACAGAGGGAGCAGGUGCGGAAAGCGGUGGCCGGUCAUCCUGAGAGAAGGGAUGGAGAUGAGGCGAAUGGUGGGCUAUUCGGGGAUGGGGAGCUGAAAGUCAGUUUGAGGACGAAGGGGCUUCGGGAGAGUGCCGCGCAGUAGGGGCAUCGUGUCAGGCUUGAUGGCAGGUUGCCAAGCGAUAUUCGAAGGAUAUCGCCAACGAGGUGGUGUGUUUUGGUGGGAAGCAUGCACAGCGCAGCGGCACCUUUGCUGCUUUUUGUGUUUAGCCUCUCUUGGAUCAUCUCGGGCAACUAGUUAUCGAGUUGAUGAUUCGAAGGGAUCGAUAGAAGGACUGGACGUUGCCCCUGGACAACUUUGAAGCCUGCUCAAGGGGUUGUCACUAGCGAAUCACGAGAGCACUGUCAUAUGGCAAGUACGGAUAACACUGG